UUUGUUUACUUCUCCGAUUGAUCCUGUACUCACAGUUUGAAUUCUUUCAUGUCUAUUAAGUGUUGAGCGUUCGUGUCUAUGACUUGCUGCAUCGAUCUAUUGGCAAUGAAUUCUCGUCAUAUAUAAGAUCUCUUUGAACCCUUGCAUUGUUCUCUCUCUGAUGAUAAUGCAUCGGUUUUGACGGUGAAGUAACGGAGUGAUACUUGAAAUUGCUGGAUUGAGAGCAUGUGUGCAUUGUGUGUGGUGGUGAAUUACUUUGUUUCUACUGAUUAUCGUUGCAAUCUGUACCAGUUGUACCUCGCUGAUGUCUGGUCAAGGGUAUUACCAAUUUUCAGUUAGGAGACGUUUCUGUUGAGAUUUGGAGAUAAUGUGGAACAAUGUACCGAGUAACUUGCUUAUUGAAGACAGUUUUGAUUUUUUCUAUUAAUUGGAUCUUUCGAGGUCGUCUUAGCAUGUCAGCUUCAUCAUGUCUUUUUCUUUUUUAUUUUUUCUUCAAGCAGUGAGUUUGAUUUGGUGUUGAAUAAUUGUUGCUGUCCUAACCUGGUAAUAUCCGCUACUACUGAGAGCACUAAGUGAAUUCCGCAAUCCUGUUAUUUGUGUAGAGCAAUAUGCUUAUUGCUAAGUAUUAACUACUUCAUUUUCUCCAAGUUAUGUUACGCAUCUUAUUUAUUCUCAUGGACCUUGUAAAUAAUAUGUGAAUAUUGUAGGUACGUUAGUAUUGCAAAGCGGUGAAUUCCCUCAGAUGGAAUACUCUUGAUUUGUUCGAUCAAGGUAUUCGUCUGUCUGCAUUAAAGCUACAAUGUACCCGAUUUCUUGUUCGGUGAAAUUUAUCUGACUUAUGGCCAUAGUAGCCAGAAAACUUUCAAAUUCUGCGCAUGUGUAUCGUCAUCGGUAAAUAAACAUAGAUUGUCUACUUAAUUCUACAUAGAUGUACUUAAGUUUUCAGGUGUGGAAUUCAUAGCUUUCUUUUCUUUGAAAUUAUAGAGGCGUCGCGAGAACAAGCAUUUUAUUUGCAAAUGUGACUGUCCUCUCCGCUUCCAGCCUAGUAAGUUUUACAUACCGAAAAUUGAGUAACUAAACAUUACAAGUUCUUCCUGACCCAACUAAUCUUCAGCAGAGUUGCUACUUGACGCUUACUUAGAACUACCUACAUAUCUCUACACAGGCUUUCAACUUCGUUGACAAUGCAAGUAUCUUACACACCAUAUGAAAUUUUCAGGACAUUUGAGUCUUGAAGAGAGGCUUGAGAAAUCAAAUGUCUGGAAUGUUCUUGGGGCUUAUCUACAACGUCUUCCAUAUGCUGUAAGACUAGUGUCUUUAAAAAGGAAAUCUAGGCGCAAUGUACGUAAUAUUAGUGUAAAGGCGAGCACGUCUGAGGGUUCUCUUUGAACCCAAUCACCAGGACAUUUCUUGGUGCUUUUAAACAAUUUUGUGAUUACCUUGAUUUUACCCGUUGUACGAUGUGAGAAGUUCAUUUGAUACUUUUUGUGGUUCUCUGAUUUAACUAAACUACAUCUUGGUGGGAUUCAUGUAUUUUUUUCUUGAAUUUGAGGUAGUACAACUUGCUGAGAAAUCUUGAGGUUGUGAUAAUCGACGUGGGGUUGCGGCAACAAACUGACAUGAAAGUUUUCCUCUGGGAACCACGGUGGACUCGGUGGCAUGUCCAUGUGUUUACUGUGCAAAAAUGCUAGCUGGCACAGUUCUCUAGAUUUUCAAAAAUGUCGCUGUGUAGUAUCUGAAUUUCUGCUUUCUUUCUUUCUUUCUUUCUUUCUUUCUUUCUUCGUUCUUUUGAAAAGCUUAACUCAUUUUAAUUACAAUCAUGACCGUAUUGAGUUAGAUCAGCCAUUCCUUUUUUAAACUUGUUUGGUAUCAAAUCUAACCUUGAUCGCUGUUGUGCGUGCAAAUGUGAUUGUUCGGGAUGGCUUCUACGUGUGUACCUACGAUACUAUCUCCCUACUAUCGGUGUUCUCCACGUCCUACUACAAUCUUUCGGGGGUUUCAGGAGAAAAUGGCCUGUAUCCUCAAAGACCUGGGCAGAAAGUGUGUGCAUAUUACAUGGCCACCCGCACAUGCAGUUUUGGUGUUACAUGCCGGUAUGACCAUCCAGCAUGGUUGCCUCCCGGUGGCAUACCCAGCUGGAAGGAGGUAACAGCUGUUGGGACACCAGUAGAUCCAUGUUUGCUACCUCAAAGACCUGCAGAGCCGGACUGUGCUUAUUUUAUGAAAACAGGAGAGUGCAGGUAUGGUCCUCAGUGUAGAUUCAAUCAUCCGAAAGAGAAGCUUGAACCAAGCAACACGGAUGAUCAAUACUCCGCUGCGAGUUCAGCUGCUUUUGGUAAUCCAGCAACCGCAUAUAAUACCAAUGGGUUACCCUUGAGACCUGGAGAAGGCAAUUGUGUGUUCUAUGGUAAAACAGGGAGUUGUAAACAUGGUCCUGCGUGCCGUUAUAAUCAUCCAGAAAUUGUCUUUCCCGCUGGAGGCAGGACUGGGCAAACUCUUCAGCCACAACAAGCUGUUUAUGUGCAACCUCCGCAGCAGCCUAAUUCACAAUAUCAAAUGGUUCAGGAGGCAAAGUUGUAUAUGCAGGCCACACCGGAUUAUUCAUAUCCUGCAACAACAUAUCAAAGCACAACACCAACAUACACCACAGCUCCGACUGCGUAUCCAGUGGCUACUACGUACUCCACCGCGGCACCAGCUUAUGCUUCCCCAGCAGCUCCAUAUACAGGUCAACAAGUUAUUACAGAAUAUGUUUAUCCUGGAGGAGCGAUGAUGCAAGUGUAUCCCGCAGGAUCAACUACACAAGGUUAUCCACCUGAAACACCCACUCAAAGUUAUUCUCAAGGUACCCCCGCCCAAUCUUUUCCUCCGGGAACACCCACCCAGGGCUACUCCCAAACUCGAACCUUCUCCCUAGGGACAAUCAUGCAGCAAUAUACCCAGGGUACUACUGCACUAGGUUUAUGUCAGGUCCAGUCCUAUCCUUCGGGAACAACCUCUCAAACUUAUCCCCCUGGAACUAAGUCUCAUCCCCAGCAGCUAACCUACCCUCCAGGUACUACUUAUGCAUCAACGCACCUUCUAGGAACUCCUCAGUCAUGCCCUCCUGCAACUCAAACUUUUCUUCCAGGCACACCUGACCAAAGUCAAGGGCAAACUGCCCAAACGUAUCCUCCAGGAACAACUGAUCAAGCUGUUGAGUAUGCGUAUGCAGCUGGACAACAACCUCAGUGUCAAGAAGAUUAUACCUAUGCAACUCAGCAGGUCUCUCGAAACGGGACAGAGUACAUGUACUCAACAGAGCAACCAGGACAAGGUGCAUCAGACCAAUAUGCCACCACUGUUUAUACCUCAGAGGCUUCAGGACAACCUUCUACUGGAGACUAUGCUUGCACGGCUGCCCAUAACUCCCAAGAGUACAUGUAUGCUGCGGCGCAAGCUUAUCAUCAAAAUGUGACAUCAGUGUAUGCGACACCCAUGAGCUUACCACAUCCACAACGACCUGGCGAACCGGACUGCACUUUUUAUAUAAAGACAGGAGAAUGCAGUUUUGGAGCUACCUGUAAAUUCCAUCAUCCCCCUGACCGUAUACCCACGGGCAUUCCCAAACCAGCCAAGAACCAAGGGUUGGUGAAGCUUAGUCUUGCUGGUCUCCCCAGAAGAGAGACUGAGGCGCCUUGUGCAUACUACAUGAAGACAGGUGCAUGCAAGUUCGGGCAGACAUGUAAGUAUGACCACCCGCCUCCACAAGAAAUUAUUGCAAAGGCCGUUGAACAAGCUCGAGGAGAGAUUCCCGUUUCUUGCGAUGUAAGUAUGCCGGGAAGCAAUGAAUCGGACAGCCAAGAUGCCACCCCAUUACCCCCAGGCACCGAUGCACCUGCUGUCACGGCGGCAUGUGCGUCGUCAACGUAAACCUAGACAAAACUUGACUACCCAAUCAAAAUAUCUGGAACUCCAGCUCUCGAACAGUUGAUACAUGCUACAUAUCCGAAACAAUGUGAGACUCGUUAGUCUCCAGUUACGACACUCCAUAGCGUUUUUAUGUGGUGCAGUCGGUUGAGUACAUUCAGGUCAUCACAGCAUUGAAAUUUUUUUUGAGGGAAAUUUUUCUCCAGAGACAACCUUCUCUGAUUCAUACACAUCAAAUUCAAACACGGAGCGGGUGUUCGAUUAAAAGGUCGUUGUGGACAUCACUCACAACUUAAUGCAUUGGGGGUUGUUCUAAGCUUCAUACUCCCCACCAAAGCAAGGUUCGAAGACAAGCACGUCAAUUUUUCCGAAUCCCUCAACUUUGGCUUCUUAAAACAAUGGUUUUACUGAUCAGUGACCAUACAUCCCAGCUUCUAUCUAAUCAAUUGCCGGGCAUUACUGGGACAAGCUGAAUGGUGAGAAGUCUAGCUGCAAGCAUGCUCAUAAUAUGGAGCUAGAAAACAGUUGAUUUCUGGAGCAUUGAGGAAGUUAUGGAAAUUCAGUUAACUAUCACAGUGUCCAUUUCCUGACGUCGUAUGCACGUUUGAAACGUGCAUCAGCCAACAUCAUCAGUCUCCGCAAACAACACGUUUUUAUCAAGACAUGGUUUUGGAAUUGAUCUUCCAAUUACUUUUUACUCGAAUUAUACUAAAAACAUAACCCUAAACUUUUGUUUGCAAUAUUGUAAUCCCUCUAAUCACUUUCAAUCAAUACUGAUUAGUUGAUCAGUUAUGUUAAUCAAUCAUAAUGCUUCAUUUCAAACUCGUUCAAACAAUACUUUUCUUUUACACAAACUCAUAUUAUCUUUGUCCGGUCAGUAAUAAAAUUGGGUGGAAUUUACUGGCAA